AUGGCCACAAACAAUCCAUUAACUAUGUCUCUGAAUUCCACUCUGAGUUCCACAACUACAACAGAGGCAAAGAACUGUACUAUAGAGCACCAGCUAGAUAAACAUUUGUUUCCUGCUCUUUACAGCAUUCUGGUUAUCAUCAGCAUUCCAGCGAACGCCACGUCUCUUUAUGUGUCUUGUUGCCAGGUGAAGAAAAAAAAUGAACUAGGAAUCUAUCUCUUCAGUUUAUCUUUAGCUGAUCUGCUAUACACCCUAACUCUGCCUCUAUGGAUUUACUAUGCUCAGAAUGAGGACAACUGGACUCUUCCCCAUCACCUUUGCACAGCUAUGGCUUUCUUCAAGUACCUGAAUUAUUACACCAGUUCCGGAUUUCUCACCUGCAUUUCCAUUGAUAGAUAUUUAGCAGUGGUUUACCCGCUAAGGUUCCAUUAUCUGCGUACAAGAAGAUUUGCCUUCUUUGUCGCUGUAAUCAUUUGGGUCUUUGAAAUUGUAUCGAACUCUAAGAUUCUAUACGAACAGGACAUAUUUCAAGAAUAUGGCACAAGGCAUACUUUAUGUUAUGAUACAUAUCCUCUAGAACAGUGGCAAGCCAAAUUGAAUAUUUACCGGGUCUGCUUGGGAUAUGCAAUCCCCUUGGCUAUCAUGGUGUUCUGCUACCAAAAAAUCUAUCAAGCUGUGAAAAAUAAUCAAGCCACAGAAGACAGGGACAAAAAGAAAAUCAAGGACUUAUUGCUAACCAUUGUCAUUACUUUUUUUUUAUGCUUCACUCCCUACCACGUUGUGCUGCUUCUUCGUAGUAUCUAUGAGCUGGACAAUUGCCCCUUUGCUGACAGAAUGUAUGAGCCCUAUAGAAUUACAACUGCAUUGACAAAUUUAAAUUGUAUACUUGACCCAAUACUUUAUUGCUUUGCCAGUGAAGCAGGAAGAACAGACGUUCAGAACAUGCUCAGGGGGUGUUUUUCUGUGAGCCCCGGUGUUGUGAAACAGUCACAAAACAUUGCCUUGACCAGCAGUUCACAGGACAGAACUGGGAAAGUUCCAGAAUCAGCAACAUUUCUGUAG